AUGAUCGCAAGAGCCAACCUGAUGCGUGUCGCCAAUGAUUUUUGGGCAACAACUACGACUCGGCUCGGCUCGCUUUGGUUCGGUUCGGCUCGGCUGGUGAUCGUUGGUGCUUGGAAAGCCCUCUGUCAUCUCUGGCAACGUGUUUCGUGGCGUCGCUUACUAGGAUCGUUUGGCAGCUUGCCAGAGAAGCAGGGCAACGUUACCCAAGCCGCAGCGGCUGUAUGGCUUGGCUGGUGGGAAGGCGGGAUAGUAGAGGGGUAG